UGGAGAGGUGCAGCCUGGAGCUCGCUCGGUUCCUCACUUGUCGGGCUUUGCUCUAUUGGCGGGCGCUGCUCUAGUGGCGAUGGCUCUCCCCUGGGUGUGUGUCUUGCUCGGACUGCUCUCUCUGUCAGGCCUGGAGGCCAUCCAACGUCCUCCGAAGAUUCAGGUUUAUUCACGGCACCCAGUGGAGUAUGGGAAGCCAAAUUUCCUGAACUGCUAUGUAUCUGGGUUCCAUCCACCCCAGAUUGAAAUUGAUUUGUUCCAGAAUGGAAAACCGAUGAAAACAGAGAAGUCAGACCUGUCUUUCAGCAAGGACUGGUCUUUCUAUCUUCUGGUGCAUGCAAAUUUCACUCCCAGUGCAGCAGAUGAUUACACCUGUGUUGUGAAACACGUUACCCUGAAUGAGCCCAAGACAGUUAAGUGGGAUCAGUAUAACUAACCAGCAUCAUGGAGGUUUGAAGAUAACUCAUUGGGAAUGAACUAAUUUCAUAUUGUGUUUUCCUUCUUUUUAAUGCUUUUAUGUUAUGCUUUAUGCGGACAAGCUAAGAAACAAUACUGAUGUUAAUACAAAUACAAUCUUUACCAUUUCACUUCAGGAUUUUUGGUAUCUGGGGUUGACCUAUCUGGGCAGGGGGGUCCUGACAGCUUCAAGAUGGAGAGGAGGGAAUUCAACAUUAACCUUAUGAAAAAACUUUUAUAUAAAAUUCAUGUUUACCUCAA